CAGUAAUGGAAAUUUCGUCCUCGUUCACUCUGUCCCUUCAUCUUCACCCUUUCCCUCCAAAUCCUCUCGCCGUCGCCUUCGCCGCCGCUAAUUCCAAUUCUGGCCACCGACUGUCCCGAAUCAAAACCUCGACACAGACACUGACCGAUACACCGCCCUUAAGAAACAAAGUAGUUGCCAAAUUUCAGAACAGAAAACGCCCAGUUUUUGCUGAGAGAGAUGCUUUUCCUGAAUCUUUACCACUUCACACCAAGAACCCACAUGCCAUUUACAAGGAUAUUCAAAGAUUUGCGCGCCAAAAUAAGCUCAAAGAGGCACUUACGAUUAUGGACUAUUUGGAUCAACGAGGCAUCCCAGUUAAUGCGACUACAUUUUCUUCUCUUAUUACUGCUUGCGUUAGAGCCAAAUCUUUGGCUAACGCUAAACAGGUUCACGCUCAUAUUCGGAUAAAUGGACUUGAAAACAAUGAAUUUUUGCGUACGAGGCUUGUUCAUAUGUAUACUGCUUGUGGGUCUUUGGAAGAUGCACAGAAGCUAUUUGAUGAAAGUUCUAGCAGAAGUGUUUAUCCUUGGAAUGCGUUGCUUAGAGGCACUGUAAUGGCAGGGCGGCAGGAUUACCGUAGCAUACUCUCGACAUAUGCAGAAAUGCGAAGAUUGGGGGUUGAAUUGAACGUUUACUCUUUUGCUAAUAUCAUUAAGAGCUUUGCAGGUGCAUCGGCGCUUACCCAGGGGCUUAAGGCCCAUGCCCUUUUGAUUAAAAAUGGAUUGGUUGGCAGUUCAAUUCUUGGGACAACUUUGAUUGAUAUGUACUUCAAAUGUGGUAAGAUCAAGCUUGCCCGCCAGAUGUUCGAUGAAAUUACUGAGAGAGAUAUUGUGGUUUGGGGAUCAAUGAUUGCUGGUUUUGCUCACAAUAGACUUCAAAGGGAAGCUUUGGAAUAUACAAGAAGGAUGAUAGACGACGGAAUUAGACCGAAUUCGGUCAUACUGACAUCGAUUCUUCCUGUUAUUGGAGACGUCGGGGCUAGGAGAUUAGGCCAGGAAGUUCAUGCUUUUGUUAUAAAGACAAAGAAUUAUUCAAGGCUGAUAUAUAUUCAAUCUGCUUUGAUUGAUAUGUAUUGCAAAUGUGGAGACAUUGGUUUGGGCAGAGCGGUUUUUUAUGGUUCCAAGGAGAGGAAUGCUAUCUGUUGGACUGCUUUGAUGUCUGGUUAUGCUUUAAAUGGCAGGCUAGAGCAAGCUGUAAGAUCAGUCAUUUGGAUGCAGCAGGAAGGAUUUAGACCAGACGUCGUUACGGUUGCUACAAUUCUUCCAGUUUGCGCCAAGUUGAGGGCUCUCGAACCCGGAAAGGAGAUUCAUGCAUACGCUUUGAAGAACUACUUCCUACCAAAUGUAUCCAUUGUUUCAUCCUUGAUGGUAAUGUAUUCAAAAUGUGGAGUAAUGGACUAUUCUCUAAAGCUUUUCAACGCCAUGGAGCAAAGAAAUGUGAUCUUAUGGACAACAAUGAUUGAUUCCUACAUAGAAAAUCAGUGUCUGUAUGAAGCUAUUGAUAUAUUCAGAGUGAUGCAGCUAUCAAAGCAUCGACCAGACACUGUAACCAUGUCAAGAAUCCUCUAUGUAUGCAGUGAACUAAAACUGUUGAAGAUGGGGAAGGAGAUACAUGGGCAAGUUUUGAAGAGGAACUUCGAGUCAGUCCAUUUCGUUUCGUCCGAACUCGUGAAGCUAUAUGGGAAAUGUGGAGCUGUGAAAAUGGCAAAAAUGGUGUUUGAAGCAGUCCCUGUAAAGGGGGCAAUGACAUGGACUGCCAUUAUUGAAGCUUAUGGAAACAAUGGAGAGUUACAGGAAGCAAUCCAUUUGUUUGAUCAAAUGAGAUCCUCUGGUUUCACUCCAAACCAUUUCACUUUCAAAGUGGUUUUGUCUGUUUGUAAUGAAGGUGGUUUCGUUGAUGAUGCUCUGCGCAUCUUCAAGCUGAUGACUGUUACGUAUAAGAUUAAGGCAUCUGAAGAACAUUACUCGUUCGUCAUUGCGAUUCUAACUCGGUUUGGUCGAAUUGAGGAGGCCAAAAGGUAUGAACAAAUGAGUUCUUCAUUAUCAUGAGUUUGAGAUUUGUUCAUAAUUGAGCUCCCUGAUAUGUAUAUAUUGUAUGUGUUCACCUGUUUGUGUAUAUUUCUUUAGUUUUGGAGAUUUGAAGGAUAAAUCUUCCAACUUUGGAUCAAUUUGGUUUCUUUGAGAUUGAACUUUUGAGCACUAGGGAGGUAAUAGGCUCCUUUAUUCACUAGGCUAUAUUCAAUGAGCUAGCUCGGAUCAAUCUUUGUAUUCAAUGAGCUAUGCUCGGAUCGAUCUUUGUAUUCAAUGAGCUAGCUCGGAUCGAUCUUUGUAUUCCAUGAGCUAUGCUCUGAUCGAUGUUUGUUUUGUUUCAUU